AUCCCCGGGGACAUGGGGUGACCUCGGGGGGACGGGGGGGUCUUGCAGGCAAAAUGUGCGACAAGCCGGACCUCUCGGAGGUGGAGAAAUUCGACAAGAAGAAGCUGAAAAAGACCAACACGGAGGAGAAGAACACGCUGCCCUCCAAGGAGACUAUUGAGCAGGAGAAGGAAUGUGUGAAGUCUUCCUAGAGCGAGAUGGCCUGGCAGGAAGAGCUACCACUUGAUUUAUUUUUUUUUUUUUCUGCUUUGAAUUAAAUCAUGUGUUGUGGUUUUGGUUUUUUUAAAAAAAAAAAAAUUUCCAUCAUGUACGUGUAUAGAAAACAGCUGCAUCACCUCACCCGCUGUCCCACCUUGCUGGCAGCUUUGGCGGGUGGGGGGGUAACAAAGGGUGGCCCUCACAGUCCCAUCAAUGGCCUGACCCAACCCUGUCUCUGCCACUCGGUCGACUCCCCGUUGAUCCUGCUCUGAUCUUGCCCCAACGCCGUGGGGAGAUGAGCAAGGGCUACGGAGGCUCCUGGGGACAGACCCCUUCUGCCUGGGGGAGUGGGGACCCUUUCUGGCCUGACCUGGGGCUGUCUCUCAUGUUCUUCACUGAUGGUGUUCUGUAGCCUCACAGGUUGUGUUUUGGGUUUUUUUUUGUCUUCCUUGGGGGAAAAAAAUGAGAAGUUUAUUAUAAAAUAAAAAAUGUUAACGACCUA